AUGCGUCCAACACUAUUCAAAUCUCUCGCUAAAGCAUUCGAUAUGGUUGUCUACAACGGCUCCAUAGUGAAUGCAGGCUCAAAAAUUAGACCCCCAGCCUAUAUCGGUAUCAAGAAUGAAAAAAUACAAUGCAUUUCUUCGCAGCCACUUGAAGGUGAAAAAAUGAUCGAUGCCAAAGGAGGAAUUAUAACACCUGGUGGAAUCGAUCCGCAUGUUCAUGUUUGCCAACCAUGUUCAACAGACACAUUUGAGUCAGCUUCCCGCUCAUCACUAUGUGGUGGAACCACGUCAAUGCUCGUGUUUGCAACCCAGGAUAAAGGUGUGAAGUCCGUGUUUCCUGAUCUAGACCACUAUAUGUCACUUGCCAAGAACAAAACGUACUGCGAUUACGGAAUGCACAUGAUAGUGACUGAUCCAACACCGAAAUUUGUCGAGAGUGAGCUCCCAGUGCUUGUCAAAAAGUAUGGAAUCACUUCGGUGAAGGUGUACAUGACAUAUAAGAUUUGGAGUGUCAGUGACAAACAGAUUCUUCGGGUGUUGAUCGCGUCUCGAAAAUUGGGCAUAACAACAAUGAUCCACGCAGAAAAUGACGAUGUCAUCGACUUCUUGAUCGAGAAAUUUGAGAAGAUUGGUUUGACAGAACCGUUUUAUCACAGUGCUUCAAGACCAUCAUUGUGUGAGGAUGAAGCCUCUUAUCGGGCUAUAAGUCUUGCCAAGUUGGCCGAUCAGGGACUCUUAAUUGUGCACAUGUCGACCAAAGAAUCCAUGGAGCAUGUUCGCGUUGCACAAACAAAGAACUACCCAAUAUACUCGGAGACCUGUCCCCAGUACAUGUUUCUUACCAGUGACUAUCUAAAACCCUACGAGGGAAAAGGUGGACGGGUGUUAGACGAGACUGGGAUCCGCGUUGAUACCAAUGAUAGCUUCCAAGGAGCAAAGUAUAUCUGCUCACCCCCAGUUAGAGACUCUGCAGACCAACUUGAAGGUGUGUGGAAUGCUGUUGAAAACGGAACUGUUACCAUUUACUCAAGUGACCAUUCUCCCUGCCAGUAUGAUGACAGUGAACGAGGAAAAAAGAAGGGUCUAUCCAAGGAUGGACACAUGGAUUUUGCAAUUGUUCCAAACGGUCUGCCAGGUGUUGAAACACGAAUGCCACUUCUUUAUUGCUACGGUGUGGAAACUGGCCGUAUUAGUACACAGAGAUUUGUUGAAAUCGCAUGUUCCAACCCUGCCAAACUCUACGGAAUGAAGGAUAAAGGGUCUAUCGAUGUUGGCAAAGAUGCAGAUCUUGUUGUUUGGUAUCCGAAGGACGAAAUGAAACCAUUCAACUUGACUAAUAAGGAUCUUCAUCAUGACAUUGACUACACGCCAUUUGAGGGAAUGAAAUUCACAAACUGGCCUAGAUAUACAAUUUUGAGAGGUAAUCUUCUCUGGAAUAGAGACCAUGGUGGUUUCAUGCACCCUGAAACACCAAUUGGCCAGUACAUUAAGAGGGGGAAAAGUAUGAUGAAGAGUACGAUGCAUGUAGAGCCUCCCAAAUAUGUAAACUAA